GAGGUGCAUCAGGAUUGGAAAUCUAAUUCUCACAGACAUCUGGGAGAAAGAGAGAGGUUUGACGGAAGAAACAUGAUGCUGGUGUCGGUUUUGGUGGUGACUGCACUGCUCGUCAGUGAUGUGGCAGGGAUGGACAAUUCCACGGAAGUGGAGGAGGCUCUGCGGGCCUUUGGACCAUUGAAAAAAGGACGUUGUGAGAAUGGCUGGUAUGAAUAUCAGCCGACAAAGUCCUGUUACCGGUGUUUUACAACUUCAAAAAAAUGGAGAGAUGCUGAGAUUUUCUGCAACACACAGAAACAUUUUGGAAACUUGGCAUCUGUGACCUCAUGUGACCACAACGAGUUCAUUUCCAAGGUGGUGCGUGCGGUGACCCGUAGCAUACGACCAGUUUGGAUUGGGUUGAAGGACUAUUGCAAGAACGGGAAUUUCUUGUGGAGUGAUGAAUCUACCAUCAGAUACCUGAACUGGGGUGAGGGAAGCCCAGUGACACCCAACUAUCGUUAUUACUGUGCGUACACCAACUAUAGGAGCCGUGGUGUUUGGAGAAAUGCUAACUGCAACACCAGAGCAUACUAUGUCUGUGCCUAUGUAUAUCACUAAAUCUGGAAGACUCCUGAUUCAUCCACUCGUCCUUUCCAGCUGUGGACUCGGUGCCUUGAUUUCUUUGUAGCUGCUCUCAUUCUCUGUGCUGACUGCGCUCUGUUAAUUUCUCAAUAAAUAAUAAAGGGAAUUGCAUCCU